AUGGAGAACAAGUGCGAUGGCAGCUCGUUGCCCUCGCACACUGUGCUCAGGGCGCACGAGGUGAUUGCGGCAGGGCGUGCGGAAAACAUACUGCAGGCCCCGUCGCCAAUCUACACCGCCAUCUUUGUGGAUGCUCAUCACGUACUUAUAGGAGCCGGUGGCGGCGGCCGGCGCUUCGGCAUGCCGAACAUUGCCCUGCUGCUGCAUGUGCAGUCGCUGAGCCGCGCAUCGACGACGGACCCUACCACCAGGGAAUCCGCUACGUCCUCGCCGCCAGCAGCAGCCGCGCUGCCAGUGUGGAGCUUCGCGGCAGCGCUGGAUCUAGGCCCAGACGACAUUCCGUGGUGCACCUCAUCCUUUCUUCCAUUCGAGGCGAGUACAGAGGACGGAAAAGCACGCAGCGGUGCGUCCACCGAGCCGGCAGCGCUGAACUGGUCUGAUACCCAGCGGCGCGUCCUCGACGGCCUCGUCGGGUUUGUCGCGCUAAGCACGAUGAAAUCUUUCUUGCUUCUCGGUGUUUAUCGCGGCCCCGAGCCAUCGACCUCCCAACCCACAAAAUUCUCUGUAUCCUCUACACCCAACGUACCUGCCAGCACCAGUGCAGAUGCGGACUCGCGCCGCUACCUGCGCCAGCUGGCCCGCAUUGAAGUGCCGAGUGAUGCAAAUAACCCUGACAAGAAGCCCAUCGCGCUAGCUCAAAACCUGGUACUUGUCUCACACGAUGACAAAGGUGUGCUCCUGUUCGCUCUUAUUGAUCUCGUACCGGACAGCUUUGAGGAUGAGGACGUCGACGCGUACACAAUCAGGCAUGCUGACCAGAUUGUGAGCGGUGUUUCUGGCGCAGCUCUGCAGCGACGCGUGCCGCGCGUGCGAACCGAGGCCACCCCUGUGGCUUUAUGGCAGCUGCCUGCGCGUGUAAAUGAUCUGAGCGCGAAUCGAGUGUGCAUGGUGCAAGCCGACAUGAGCAACGGAGCAUCGUCGUCGUCGCAGCCCUGUAAGGCACACCUGCAAGAGCACCUCGUUCUUGCCGCCUUACUACUCGACAAGACGCUGGUGCUGAGCACCGUACGCCUGCGGCGCCGCUACACUCGCUCGCGUAGUCGCAAGCCGUCUGCCAUUCGAGAAGAAACCAUCACUGAAAAGGCACAGACAGAAGCCAAGUCGGACACUGUGGUGACCGCCACAGUGAGUACUGCGUUGACCUUGGCAGAGGAUUUACUUCCGCUGCCCUUCAAGCUACUGACCUCCUCUCUUCGACUGGUGCGUCUCUUCGGCUGGAGCGACAUCGACGCCGCCCAGCAGGCGGACAUGCGGCGACGCCUCACGUGGCAGUCUCUGCAAGCAGGUGGAACAGCAACGCACGGCCCGCUGUGCAGCAUCAUGGUAGUGGCCUACAACAACUCAGCGAACGAGUCGUAUAUUAUCCACGGUUCAGUGGAGGUCAUGCCACUGACGUCGUCCCUCUCAUCCUUCUCUACAGCGGAUAGCACCAGAUCGCUGGAUUUGAAGGUGCAAUGGGCGCGAGAGGACCCAGCCCCGGUGCUGAGCGACGCCAUCACGUCGCUGGCUGUUUGCACAGAUGGACCCCCAGCCGAGUAUGCCGCCCGUGUUUCAUCGAACCCGCUGGGCGCUGCUGUUCCCACCCACUGGAUUGCUGGGACGGUUGAGGGCUGUGUCGCGUCUCUGCGUCUGAGCCACGAUCGCUCGCAGUUGCCUCACUGGCAAGCGGAACAGGUUCGCCCUUCACCAAACAAAUCUCUGGCGCGGCGCUACCCGGCACUGCACAAGGAUCCUGUCUCAUGUGUGGCCGUCUCCUCUGAGAACGACGUGGUAAGUGCCGACAUUGCGCAAAAUGUAGCACUGACCACACUGCCGUACACCGUGCCGUGUAGCUCCUCUUCGCCGAGAUCGCCAUCGUCCAAGGCACUGAGCGACAACGUUGUUGUGCUGCCCCGAUCGACGUCUUCCUCCUCCUUGUUUCCUCCAUCAAGAGUGGUGGGUAGUGGGUUUCUGGCAAUCCUGUCGGGCGAACUCGCCAAUGCCCUGCCGUCGCUGCACGUUGCCUGGUUCCUUCUCAUCCCGCUAGUUCUGGCGCUGACAAGCGCGAUCAUUAGCAUGAGACCGGUGAAGUAG